AAAGAUGUGGGGCGGGCCUGCACGAUACGAAUUUCCGGAAGUUUUCCUUUUUAAAGAAAAGUACCGCGUAAAGAAAUCACGGCGUGUCAGUAUUUGCUCCCUGUUGUUCUGCCUUUUUAAAAGAGUAUUUUUAAGAGCAAUGUCUUACAGAAGAGGAGCUUUAAUUGUUCUUGAGGGAGUAGACAGAGCUGGGAAAACAACGCAAUGUCAAAAACUCGUGCAGGCGCUACAGCAGAGCGGACAAGCGGCAGAAAUGAUGCGAUUUCCAGACAGAGCCACUAAAAUUGGUCAGCUGAUCAGUUCGUACCUGGAGAAGAAAAGUAAUCUGGAGGAUCACACUGUUCACCUGCUGUUUUCUGCAAACCGAUGGGAAAUGGUGCCUCUGAUCAGACAGAAGUUGGAAGAAGGGAUCAAUCUAGUGGUGGACCGUUAUGCGUUUUCAGGAGUGGCCUUCACUAGUGCCAAACCUGGGUUCUUUCUGGAGUGGUGCAUGAAUCCAGAUAUGGGACUUCCAAAACCAGACCUGGUGAUGUUUUUGCAGCUCAAUCCCAGUAUGGCAGCAAACCGUGGAGAAUAUGGGAUUGAACGGUAUGAGACGAGCGCUUUCCAACGCACAGUUCAGCAAAGAUUUGAAGAGCUCAUGCAAGAUUCCUCAGUCAACUGGAAGGUAAUUGAUGCUGCAAGGACCAUAGAAGAGGUGCACAAAGAUAUUAAGCUUCUGAGUGAAGACAUCAUCAGUUUGGCCCAGAAUCAGCCAGUUGGAGAGCUGUGGAGGUGAACGGAUCACCGGCUCUGAGAGCUUUUACACUUUUUCCUAAGUUUUUCUGUCACUAUAUGAAGUAGUACAGAAAAUGCAUAAUUAUUGUAUUUUAACUUUUUAAUGAUUUGAUAAAUAAAUAUUCAUAAAAUAAA